AAAUCGAGACCAAUCUACACACUGACAAAAGGCCUAGAGACACUGUAAGUCUGGAGAUCUGAGAGCGUUCAAUGCCGGAGUUUUGAACAAGCCGAAUAUUCGGUUUUCAAUAGUUGGCAUAGAUUGUUUUAAAUCCACCCUUCCUUGUCAUUGGUAGAGAACGAUGAAGCCGUUUGUGCUAGCAUUGUGUGUUUCCCUUCUUGUCGUCACGUUGGCAUGUUUAGUGGAUGGCAUUAGGCCAGUUCUUCGCCGUCGCCACCACGUUGAUAAAUGGACUAGAGGGCGACAGGCUAAGGGUGACAGGCACCAUCGAAAUAAUCGCAAAAACCUGGACCAGCCGAAAUGGAAAGAGUCAGAAAAGCACGAAAAGCACACUAAGAAGGGUGGCAAUGAAGAUCGAGUAAACUCCCGAGGAAGCGGAGGAUGGUUUCAAAGUUGGCAUCAUCGCCACCACAGGCCUCAUCGGUUUGAGAUAGGAAUCGGCCAUUCACCAGAGAAUUCCUGGUUUAACUUUGACUUUGACUUUGGCCGUCUGUUCAAUGAAGAAAUGGAAUGGUGGAAAGGACCUCAUGUAUGCACAGAUCGAUUUCAACGCGAGACCAAUGAAACCGGGGAGGGCGAGAUUCGACGACAUAGCAGUGUCCACAGCAAGAUUUGUGAUCAGACGGAUACCACUUAUAAAUGUGUGACAACCAUUGAUAUAUUUGGCAAACGGCAAGAGUAUACUGAAAUUAAAGAGUGUUGCCAUGGAUACACUAGAGAAUCCGGGGAACGAGGCUGCACGAAGCGACUUGAUUUGAAAAAUUUGGUGACAACGGCCGAGAAUCUGGAUCUGGUGGAAUUCCUUAGAGCUGUUGACAGUGUUGGUAUGCGACCAGAACUUAAACAUGGUAAUUUCACCAUCUUUGCCCCGGUUAACCAAGCUUUCCUCAGCGAGCCCAACUUACCCCAGAGCUUCCCACUCCCCGAGGACCAGGUUAGUUUCUCUAACAAUUCAUGGUCAUUAGUUAAUAAUUCUACCAAAUUGGCUUAUCAGGACCUGCCGGAAUCUAACCUGGUGCUGGUGUCCCGACCCCUAACCGACAUGCUGGUCAAUGACAUGAAGCAGCUUUUGCUAGGCCACGUGGUGGUGGGUAGCGUCAAGACCAGCCAGAUGAAGGACGAGCAAACACUGCCCACCGGAAGCCCCGUGAAGUCCACAGUUCGAAUUAAUUUCUACGAGUACCCCCAUAAAUUAAUCACUGCCAACUGUGCGCGGCUACUGAAGACGGAUGUUCUUGCAACGAACGGAGUAAUUCACACUGUUGAACGAGUUCUCUCCCCUGUAACAAACAGUUUGAUCGGAAUUAUUAGUAAGAACCCCGAACUCAGCACUCUGAAGACACUUCUCAGUAAAGGUGACCUGGUGCAGAUGUUACGUGAAUAUGGUCAUUACACUCUGUUUGCUCCGACCAAUUCAGCCUUUGACAAACUGCCAAUGGAACUACAGGAGAAACUGUACAAGGGUGACGCAUGUUUGAAGAAUAUUUUGCUGCACCAUCUGCUACCAAGGGUGAUCUGCUCGGCUGUCAUCGAUGAGAGGGUUCGGACGGCCAAUAUGCUGGAUAAGUACAUGGGGCUUACCCGUGACGACAACGACAAGAUCUUCGCGGAAGGAGUCCAAGUCACCGGCACAGACUUGAUGGCCACUAAUGGUGUGCUGCAUCUUGUGGAUGAAGUAAUCAUUCCUGAUGAUGCUUUAAGCAUCCUGGAAGUUGCUGAGAAAAAUGGAGCCAAGAAAGUUGUGGAAUUUAUACAGCGUGCAAAGAUUGCUGACAAACUAAACAACUUGGAAAAUCUGACGAUGUUUGCCCCAAAUGAUAAAGCAUUCGAUAACCUUGACGAAAGAGUGUUAGAGGCAGUCGAGAUGGAUCCACAACUCAUGGAGCAACUGUUAACAUUCCAUGUGGCCGAAAAUAAGUUACCUAUUACAAGACUGCACAAUGAUGACAGUUUGUCUACCUUGCACACAAGUCAUAAUCUUAGAGUCAACGAAUAUUCCACGUUUCCAUUCGGGAACCAGUGGGUGAAGACUGUUCAGUGUGCUGCCAUAUCGAAGCACAACUUAAAAGCUUGCAAUGGAAUUGUUCAUAUUAUUGAUCAGGUGAUGAGACCACCAGAAGGAACUGUUCUAGAUGUCAUUAAACAGAAUCGGGAAUUUUCAACUCUGCAUGACCUAUUGGAGAAGGCAGGAUUGGCGGAGAUGCUCGAGGGUGAAGGUCCAUUUACUGUGCUGGCACCGACUAAUCUCGCACUUGAGGACAUUGGCGAUGUACAGAAAGACACGAAAAGGCUGAAAGCUGUUUUGAAGAAUCACAUCAUUAGAGAUACAGUUUGUUGUUCGGGAAUUUUCGGCGGCCAGUGGUUCCUUCGUCAGCAGCUCCGAACUUCGUCGGGAGAAACCUUUCCAAUGGAUCGCAGUCGAGAUAAUGGUCCAAAGAUUGGGAACGCUUUUAUAAAGUCUUGUGACCUGAUGGCGACUAAUGGCGUUGUUCAAACAAUGGAUCGGGUUCUAGUCAAAAGACAUCAAGUCGAUGCUAACUGGCGAGAAAGAGAAGAUUCAUUCAAAAGCCUCACGGACUGGGGCGACUUUUUCAGAAAAUUUCUUUAAAUAGUUUGAAAAUGAAUUACCACAAGUAAAGACAUUAAAACUGAAAAAAAAAUACUGCAUGGACUUUAGAGAUAAGAUAGAUGUUUAUCGUUAAUUGUUUUAAAUAUCGCUAUGAUCUUGAGGGUUCAUUGAUCUUUAAUAUUAUAGUCAUCACAUAUAAUAUUUUUGCUUUCACUUUAGGAAUGUCUCAUUGUUUUUUGUUUUUUUUUUGUAUUUGAGUAACGUUUUAUUAACCGUUUGUACAGAAAUAUUUUGAAAGGUUCUUAUUACAAUGUGUUCAACCUUAUAUUCUACAACUUUAUUACUUAGUUUGGCCUCUUACCUUUCACUUUCUAUACUUUUCAUUACUUUCAAAUAUCACACUAAAUCUGCUUGGCUCAUCAUACAUAUUCCUUAAUUCGUAUCGUAAUACUAAUUGUAGGCAUGGUUUAGAAGGGCUUCAUGAAUUAAUUUCUUAUAGAGUGUAAUUUAAAUAUAACAUAAUAACAAUAUAUAAAAACGUAUAUGUUCUUACGCUAUAACAUAUGGCAAUUAUACAUGCUUUUUAUCAUACAGUUAUAAUGUGUAAUGCAGCAUGCAAUGUAUAAUGAGGAGGAUAGGUAAAUAUGUAUUCCUGAAUUAUACUCCUAGGCCGAUGAAAUAGUGUUUUUGUUUUCCCUCGAAAGAGAAUGUACUUUGGAUCCAUUAAACUUAUAAGCAGCAUUUACCGUA